AGUGAGCCUUCGAGAGAUCGCACACAGUGCCUCGCUGAGCAGCACGGCGGUUUAAUUGGGUCCUCGGCUCGGCGGAGUGAGCGGUGCGUGUGCCAGUUUACCCGAAUCGCGCGAAGUGCAGCAUGCUGGUCGGCACUAGGAUUUAUUGAGUGCAACAUCGUCAUCAUCUUUUCUGCACCGCACAGAUACAAGAAUGGCGGCCGUGCGCCGAGAGCCCACGGACAAUGACCGCAGCUUCUCCGACGACGAAAGCACCCCGUUAAACAAUGACAUCUACAGCGGAAGCAACCGGACAGAGCCGGCAGGGUGGGACGUGUUUCGCGUGCUACCCCCUGAGGCCGAGAGCAUCUCAACUGCAAAUCAACAGUUCCUGGAGACAACCAUCAAAGUCAUCAAAGUGAUAGUUUACCUUGUGACCUUCAUCAUCGUCCUCACUGCCGGCGUCAUCGCUAAGGGCUCUGUCCUUUUCAUGACAUCGCAGCUCAGGCCCGACAAAACCAUUCCAUACUGCAACGUCGAAGUUGGACGCCAGAAGACUUUCACAGUGUCCGUGCCAGAAGAGGAAAGGGUUGCCUGGGCGUGGUGCAUUUUCUUCGCUUACAUUGUCCCUGAGGUGGGAACUUUCAUUCGCUCCGUACGAAUCUGCUUCUUCAAGUCAUGGCACAGGCCGCCAAGCAUCGACUUUUUAAUAAUUUUCUUCGCCGAAACUUGCCAUACGGUCGGCCUGGCGCUGCUCAUGUUCGCCGUCCUCCCUGACCUGGACGUUGUCAAAGGUGCCAUGCUCACCAACUGCAUGUGCAUUGUACCAGGAAUUUUCGGAAUGCUGUCAAGAAACAACAAAGAGUCGAAGCGUUUUGCUAAAGUAAUCGUCGACAUGUUGGCUAUCGCGGCGCAAAUCACUGGCUUGGUUGUUUGGCCGCUUGUUGAGGGUGAAAAGAAGCCCGGCGUGUGGCUCAUUCCCGCCUCGGCUUUCCUCACAUCCGUUGGUUGGUGGGAAAACUACGUCAGCCAACGAUCACCUUUAGCUUUCGUCAAGGCGCUCGGCAGAGUGAAGGAGAGAAUGGAGAGGACUCGCUAUUUCACCUACAUUUUCAUGUCGGUUUGGAAAGGUGUCACCUUUUUCUGCUCAAUGCUGUUAGUUCUGCACAUGAGGGGCCAGUCGGUGCCCAAUUUCUUGGCCAUGUUCAACACUGGAUUCUCCGAGCACAAAAUCACAAUCAAUGAGGUACGACCCUCGUCAACCUCAACUCUGUCUGACCUCGCCAAUGCCAUACCCACCGGGGAGACGACUGAAAUCGACGCUGCCUACAACACAGCCUUUUACGUGCUGCUCAUUCAAAUCUGCGCUGCCUACAUCUGCUACAUUUUUGGCAAGUUCGCGUGCAAAAUCAUGAUUCAAGGCUUCAGCUACGCUUUCCCAGUGAAUUUGACCAUUCCCGUGACAAUUUCCCUACUCAUCGCCGCGUGCGGACUCAGGAAUGGUGACCCUUGCUUCUUCCACAACUCGAUUCCUGAUUACCUGUUCUUCGAUUCGCCUCCAGUUUAUUUCCUCAAUGAUUUCAUCACAGGAGAGCACGCUUGGGUUUGGCUGCUCUGGCUUUUGUCACAAACGUGGAUCACUCUGCACAUUUGGACACCAAAAUGUGAGCGUUUGGCGGCAACUGAAAAAUUGUUUGUCAACCCCAUGUACGAUUCGUUGCUCAUCGACCAGUCCAUGGGUCUGAACAGGCGCAGGGACGGAGAAGAUGAUGUGAAAACUGAGGAUCUUGCUGACAUCCAUAAGGAGGGCAUGGACGAGUAUUACGAAACCAUCUCCGUGCAAACUGAAGGCAGUAGCUCGACGCCAGGAAAACAAGUCAAAUCGUCAGACAGCAUCACCAGAAUUUACGCUUGCGCCACAAUGUGGCACGAGACGAAAGAGGAGAUGAUGGAGAUGCUCAAGUCAAUCAUACGUCUUGAUGAGGAUCAGUCAGCCCGGCGAGUCGCCCAGAAGUACUUGAGGAUCGUUGACCCUGACUACUACGAGUUUGAAACUCAUAUUUUCUUCGAUGACGCCUUUGAAAUCAGCGACGAAAAUGACGACGAUAACGUUGUAAACCGAUUCGUGAAAAUGCUAAUUGAAACGAUUGAUGAAGCGGCUACGCACGUGCACGAAACCACCAUCAGAAUCAAGCCGCCCAAGAGAAUUCCAGCUCCUUAUGGUGGAAGGCUCGUGUGGACCCUACCUGGCAAGACAAAAAUGAUCGCUCAUCUGAAGGACAAGGGCAAAAUUAGGCACAGAAAACGCUGGAGCCAGGUCAUGUACAUGUACUAUCUGCUUGGACACCGUUUGAUGGAGCUGCCCAUCUCCGUCGACCGCAAGGAAGUCAUGGCUGAAAACACCUAUUUGCUCACCCUGGACGGAGAUAUUGAUUUCCAGCCCACUGCUGUCCAACUGCUCGUUGAUUUAAUGAAGAAAAAUCGCAACCUGGGAGCUGCCUGCGGUCGUAUUCACCCCGUCGGCUCAGGUCCAAUGGUGUGGUACCAGAUGUUCGAGUACGCUAUCGGCCAUUGGCUGCAAAAGGCUACUGAGCACAUGAUCGGGUGCGUCCUUUGUAGUCCUGGAUGUUUCUCGUUGUUCAGAGGAAAGGCUUUGAUGGACGACAACGUGAUGAGACGGUACACGCAGAGGUCCGACGAGGCUCGUCACUACGUGCAGUACGAUCAAGGGGAGGAUCGUUGGUUGUGUACGCUGCUGCUGCAGAGAGGCUACCGUGUGGAGUAUUCAGCUGCCAGCGACGCUUACACACAUUGCCCCGAAGGCUUCAACGAGUUCUACCAACAGCGUCGUCGGUGGGUGCCGUCGACAAUGGCCAACAUCAUGGAUUUGCUCGGAGACUACAAGAAAACCAUCAAGGUCAACGACAACAUUUCGAUGCCAUACAUCGGGUAUCAGAUGAUGUUGAUGGGUGGCACUAUUCUUGGUCCUGGAACGAUUUUCCUUAUGUUGGUGGGUGCUUUUGUGGCCGCCUUCAAGAUUGACAACUGGACCAGUUUCACUUACAACAUCGUUCCCAUCCUCUUCUUUAUGUUGAUCUGCUUCACGACAAAAUCAGAAAUUCAGCUGUUAUUCGCGCAAAUAUUAUCGACUGCAUACGCGUUGAUCAUGAUGGCCGUGAUCGUCGGUACAGCCCUCCAGUUGGGCGAGGACGGCAUCGGCUCACCUUCAGCUAUUUUCUUGAUAGCAAUGACGGGCUCGUUCUUAAUAGCAGCGUUCUUGCAUCCGCAAGAAUUUUGGUGUAUCGUUCCCGGAAUCAUUUACCUGCUCUCCAUUCCCUCCAUGUACUUGCUUCUGAUCCUGUACUCCAUCAUCAAUCUCAACGUCGUCUCGUGGGGAACACGAGAAGUUCAAACCAAGAAAACGAAAAAGGAAAUGGAGCAAGACAAGAAAGAUGCUGAGGAGGCAAAGAAAAAGGCGAAAAAUAACUCCCUGCUUGGAUUCCUCGGCAAGGGCAACGGAUCAGGCGACUCGGAUGAAGGCGCCUUUGAGUUCUCUAUGGCAGGCCUGUUCAAAAUCAUCCUCUGCCAGCACCCCGCCAACGAUAGUGAAAGGCAGCAGCUCUCCCGCAUCGCCGAGUCGCUUGAAACGCUCAGCAAGCGCUUGGAAAACAUUGAACGGGUUGUUGAUCCGCACAACAUGCACGGAACUAGACGCAGGUCAAUCAGCAGAUGUGAGGGCAGUCACCGUGGAGCAUUGACCGAGGACAAGGCUGAGGAAGACCAGAGCCGCUCGGAAGAUGAGGAAGAAUCAGAAGGCACUGGAGAGCCGAGGCAAAAGAGAGACGAUCUGGUCAAUCCAUACUGGAUGGAAGAUCCUGAUCUGAAACACGGUGAAGUUGAUUUUAUGUCAAAAGCCGAAGAGACUUUCUGGAAAGACCUCAUUGCAAAAUAUCUUUACCCGAUUGAUGCAAACAAGGAGGAGCAGGCGAGAAUUGCUAGUGAUUUGAUUGAACUUCGAAAUCAGUCGGUGUUUGCUUUCUUUGUGAUCAAUGCACUCUUUGUAUUGAUUGUUUUCUUAAUGCAAUUGAACAAAGACACUCUGCACUUUAACUGGCCCUUUGGAGUGAAGACUAACAUUUCAUAUGAUGAAGUCUCUCAAGAGGUGAGUCUAAUCAGUCUUUUCUUUAUUUUCUACCACCAACAGGUUAGAAUUGCUCGAGAUCUGAUUGAGCUCCGAAACAAGUCGGUGUUUGCGUUCUUCAUGUUCAAUGCAUUGUUCGUCCUCAUAGUGUUCCUCCUACAACUUAAUAAAGAUCAAAUUCACGUUGACUGGCCGUUGGGUGUAAAAACCAACGUAACAUUCAAUGAGGAAACUAAAGAGGUUCACGUAUCUAAGGAAUAUUUGCAACUCGAGCCUAUUGGUCUCGUGUUCGUCUUCUUCUUCGCUUUGAUCCUGGUUAUCCAGUUCUUGGCCAUGUUGUUCCAUCGUUUCGGAACCAUUUCGCACAUUCUGGCCUCGACAGAGCUCAACUGGUACUGCAACAAAAAGGUUGAUGACACCUCUACCGACGCAUUAGUAGACCGGCACGCCCUCGAUUUUGUGCGGCAUAUGCAAAAAUUACGAGGGCUGGACAACGACCAGGACAACGAUGAGUCUUUGAACGACCCCGAUAGGAUCAGCCACAGACGCACCAUUCACAACCUGGACAAGCACAGCCGCAAAAAGCAAGUUAUCGGCACCCUGGAUGUCGCGUUCAAAAAGCGAUUCUUUGCUAUUUCGGCAGAAAACGGCAAAGCUGAAGCAGCUGGAACGCCUGUGCUUGGCCUGAACCGCAAGAUGAUAAACCGCGAGGAAGCUCUGAAGGCGCUGGAAAUCCGGCGCAACUCAGUCCUCGCUGAGAGACGCAAGUCGCAAAUGAAGACCCUCGGUGCGUCGAAAGCGCCCUCCGAAUACGGUGUGACUGGGGCUCAAGCGAUGGCAGCCCCUCGCCACAGGGUCUCUGUGGCCUCCGGAGUCAGCCUCAAGGAAAUGUUUGAGCCGCCGACUGGUUCGGUGAAUCACGCUUACGAAGAGGAGCCCUCCAGCAUGAACAACAAUAGCUCAGUCAGAUUGGCGAACAUGCGGAGUAGCAAUAGCAAGUGGAAGGCGCCGUCCGAGUCUUCCAGGAAAAAUAGCAGAAUGUGAGCGUGAGAAUGAAGAUCGACCAGAUUCAGCAUCUAAUUUAUGUUAUUGAAUUCAAUGUCUGCCAAUUUCAUGUAUAUGUGUAAGGUGUAGUUGAGAUUCACACAAUGUAACAACACUUUUUUUGAGUAUUUCCGUAAUGCUUUCCUGUGCAAAUCAUUGUAUCAUGAAAACAAAACCUCUCAUAUAACUUAAAUGUCUAUAACUUGUAAUGGUGUGCGUGCUUUUUCAUAAAUGUGGUAGCAUUUUACGCGAAUGAGAUUAUUAUCGAGUUAAGUUCAUGAAUCGUGUGAUGCUCUUGUAUGAGGCGUAGAAAAUAUGAAUUGAACAUGGAUUGUGAUACAGAACUUGUACGAUAUUUUAAAUUAAUAAAAUGCCGAACAAAAAUAUA